UAUGAAUAGUUAAUGACGGGGUGUUAUGUACAGCCCGGUGUCCAGUUUAAUAAGAAGAAAAAGGAGAAAGAGGGAGAGGAGAAGAAGGAAAAGGAGGAGCAGUGUUGGUUGAACAAGAAGCAGCUCAUCAUCCUUACGCGUUUCAUGUCUCAGGCCCUCGCAAUUUGGCCAACCUUAACUGGAGAGACCCUAUCAGUUCCAGCUGCAUAAUGGGGUUUUGGAUUUGAGCGUCAAGUUGCAAAAUUGAUCAACUGGGUAUACAGGGUAUUUGAAUUUAGGGUUUCUGGAUGAAGGAGGUGACAUGAAAUUAAGAAGAUAGCUAGAUUUACCAACUGGGUUUUGUUAGUUGUGGAUAAUCUUUGGUGGGUUGUUAGGAUGUUAGAGAUAUAAAUGAUAGAAUUAGAUGGUGGCUUCAUUUACUGGUUGGUGAUCAUCAUCAUCAUAAUUUGUCUUUUUGAGAAAUACAAUGGUAACCAUUUCGGCUUCUCACACUGUCCCUCCGAAUCAACCAACUCCACACUGUCAUUUAUGGCUGUCCGAUAUGGACCAAGUGUCGCGUCAACGCCACACACCCCUUGUCUACAUCUACAAAGCAAAACACGACCAGUAUUGCAUAGAGAGGAUGAAGGACUCUCUUAGCAAGAUUCUAGUUCACUACUAUCCUGUUGCUGGCCGUUUUAGCUUCACUGAAAAUGGUCGAAUGGAAAUCAAUUGUAACGCCAAAGGGGUCAUCUUGCUUGAAGCCGAAACAGAAAAAACAAUGGCUGAUUUUGGAGACUUUUCACCCUCUGACUCCACCAAGGAACUUGUUCCAACAAUUGAUUACAACCAUCCUAUUGAGGAGCUUCCACUGUUAGCAGUGCAGCUCACAAGAUUCAAUGGUGGUGAAGGGGGCCUUGCUGUUGGGGUUGCUUGGGUCCACACUUUGUCUGAUGGGCUUGGUUGCACCCGUUUCUUCAAUUCAUGGGCGAAGAUAGCACGAGGGGACACACUCGAGCCCCAUGAAAUGCCCUUUUUAGAUCGAACAUUACUCAAAUUCUCACACACCCCUUUGGCACCACGUUUUGAACACAAAGAGUUGAAACCUCUGCCACUUAUUCUAGGAAGCUCUGAUGAUUGCAGUGCUAAAAAGAGUAAAAAAGUAACAACUGCAUUGUUUAGACUCACGUCAGAACAAGUUGAGAAGCUGAAGAAGGAGGCGAAUGGUGAUAUUCCAGAAGGGUCAAGACCUUAUAGCAGAUUUGAAGUUAUUGGUGCGCAUAUAUGGAGAUGUGCAUCCAAGGCUGGUGCGUUUGAUCAAAAUCAACCAAGUGUGAUUCGAUUCAAUGCUGAAAAUCGUGGUAGAAUGGUUCCACCCCUACCUAGAAAUUAUUUUGGGAACGCUCUAACACAAACAGCAGCAACAGGUUAUGUUGGGGAAAUCACAUCAAAGCCGUUGAGCCAUGUUGCACAGAAGAUAAGGGAAGCAGUUGAGGUGGUGAAUGAUGAGUACAUAAGGUCACAGAUUGAUGUUAUAAGGUGUCAGAAGCAUUUGGAUGAUGCAACGGCUUUGUUUUCUCCAUUUAGUGGGAAUCAAAAUCCUAAUCUUCUUUUCACAAGCUGGAUGAGCAUGCCGAUGUAUGAAGCUGAUUUUGGAAAGGGAAAACCUGUAUACUUUGGCCUAGCAUAUGUGUCCUCUCAUGAUAGGGCAUACAUUUUUCUUAGUCCAGAUGGGGAUGGCUCUGUAAUUGUGUCGAUGUUCUUCCAAAUGUCAAACAUGCAACUUUUCAAGGAAUUCUUCUACGCUGAUAUAUCCACCUUUGGUGGAACCACACUACCGUCUAGGCUAUGAAAUUUCUCACACAUCACAACAACUGUUGUCUUCAGUUUUUUGUGUGUUUGUUUUACGUGUGUUCUGUAAUUUCCUGUGUGUUCAAUAAAUCUACUUAACCAUGUAGAAGAACUUAGAGAUUCAAAUUGUGUGAUGUUCUGUAAUUUACUGCCUAUAUAUAUUGUUCUACAUGUGCUUUCAUUUCAUA